CAGAAUUAACUCUUGAUCUCUUCUCCUUGGGAGCCUUUAUACCUUUGUUACGCACUCUCCUGGGAUUUGUAUACCUUUAAUUGUUUUCCUCUUAAGUUCAUACCUUUUAACUGUUUCUCUCUAGAGAUCUAUACCUUUCGAUAGCGAAAAUGCCUCGAGGAACUCUUGAAGUUAACCUCGUUAAUGCCAAGGGCCUUAAAAACACAGAGUUUUUUGGCAAUAUGGAUCCUUAUGUCAUCAUCACCUGCAAGAAACAGCAGAAGAAGAGCAAGGUCGCAACAGCACAAGGGUCCAAUCCAGAAUGGAAUGAGAGCUUUGUAUUCGGUGUCGCUGAUGGUGUGACAGAACUCCACUUGAUGAUCAUGGACAAGGAUACUGGUACCGCCGAUGACUUUGUGGGAGAAUUAAGUAUUCCACUAAGAACAAUAUAUGAGGAAGGGAAACUACCACCAAUGAAAUACAAUGUCCUAAGGAACAAAAAGUACCACGGAGAGAUUAAAAUCGGAUUCACGUUCACUCCAGCGGUAACCAAUGAUCGAGAGUUGGAAUUUGUAGGUGGAUGGAAAGAGUCAUCAUACUAGACCAGUUCUAUGUGCUUGAAAUUUACACUCUUGGCUUAGGGCACUUCGGGGUUCCGACUCUAAUAAAUUGUAUUCUCCCAUUAAUUACAAGAAAAUUUCAUUUUUUGAGAUAUUUUUUCUGGCUUUUAGUCAUUUUUGAAGAAGAGCA